AUGACAAACAGAAAAGUACUACAGUACAAAAAAGAAUCUGUAAUACGUUUGAACUGUGUGUUUAAUCUCUCCUACCACCAGCAUGAAGACGAAAUCCUGCAAAUGCAGAAGAAGCUGAAGGGGACGGAGGACGAGCUGGAUAAAUACUCUGAGGCUCUGAAGGAUGCCCAGGAGAAGCUAGAGGUUGCCGACAAAAAGGCUGCCGAUGCUGAAGCAGAGGUGGCCUCCCUGAACAGACGCAUCCAGCUGGUGGAGGAGGAGCUGGACCGAGCUCAGGAGAGGCUGGCCACCGCUCUGCAGAAGCUGGAGGAGGCGGAGAAGGCUGCAGACGAGAGCGAGAGAGGCAUGAAGGUGAUUGAGAACAGGGCCCAAAAGGAUGAAGAGAAGAUGGAGCUUCAGGAGAUCCAACUGAAGGAGGCCAAACACAUCGCAGAGGAGGCCGACCGCAAGUAUGAGGAGGUGAGUGUUCUGGGGGUUAGGGUUAGGGUUACUGCACAAGGUGGGGGCUGA